UGAUCAUUACCUAAUAUUUAUAUUCAUACGUACAUAUGUUCUUUUUUGGAGGACUCACUACAUAAUUAUAAAUCGACACGAGCUAGCUAGCUAGCUAGCUCGAGCUAGAUGGAUGAGCCAAAAUUCGGUCGCGUGUUCAAGGUGCUCUUUGUGGGAGACUCAAAAGCUGGGAAGACCACGUUCCUAAUGCGCUACUGUGACAGCACCUUCACCAGCAGAUUUGUACCUACAGUUGGUAUUGACUUCAAAGUUAAAAUCCUGGACAGGUAUAUCUAUGAUGAGAAGAUCAAGCUCCAGUUGUGGGACACAGCGGGACAGGAAUGCUAUUUACGUAUAACUACAGCCUACUUCCUAGGGGCAAAGGGGUUUGUCCUUAUGUUUGACCUCACUAGUCAAGAUUCAUUCCAAUCAGUCAGGAAAUGGAUGACCCUAAUUAGUGACUUGACUUCGAACAAUCCUAAAGUAAUUCUAGUGGGGAACAAGUCUGAUCUGACUGAGAGCAGAGUGAUCACCAAGGAGCAAGGCAUGGAUCUGGCCCAGUCACUGGGCAUAGAGUACUUUGAGACGAGCGUCAAAGAUGACACAAAAGUAACGGAAGCUGUCGACAAACUCGUUACAUUGAUUUGCAGUGCUACAACUAAGCCAACUGAAGUACCCAUAACUACUAUGUUUAGGCCGCCUGAAAAUUCAAGCAUGCAGCUGCUCGAUUAUGAUCGUCAAAUGGCUGAACUGCGGAAUAGGAGGAAAAGCAAGGAAAUUUUCCACCAGGGUACAAUUGUGUUCGUUGGGUGUGCAUGUGCCAUUCUUUUUUGUGCUUAUUACUUCAAAUAGAGACCAUUUUCCAAUUAUAUAAUUUAUUGAGUGGCCUUGCAUGGCGCCAGUUUUAAUUCCAAUUUCUGCUAUUUUUGACAGAAAUUUGUUUUUUUGUGU